GAAAGACAAGAGAUGGAGAAGAAGCCAGAACAAAAUUUUUCGCCGAAUCGUAAAAUUCUUUAAGCAAACAUUACAGAGCUUACGGAGAAUUAUUGAGAUUCGUGUUAAGUUACAGUGGGCCGCAGCACCGAAACCUUGGAUGAAGAACAAAUUACAAUGUUGAGGCGUGCGUUUUCCAUGUUCGACUCGAGUAAGGCAGGAAAGAUUGAAAAUGAGAAAGUUCGUACAAUCCUCAACACUCUGGGUCUCGCUAUCAAUGACCUGGAGCUGGAGGCGCUGCUGGAAGAGGAGGACAAGGAAGAAAUCGGAAAGUUGAAUUUUGACUCAUUUUGCCGCGUGGCAAUGCAUUUUUUGGACGACGAGGACAAUGAGGUAAUGCAGAAAGAGCUGAAGGAGGCUUUUCGGCUUUAUGACAAAGAUGGCAAUGGCUACAUCCCCACAUCCAGCUUACGAGAAAUUCUAAUGGCGUUAGAUGAUCAGCUGACACCAGACCAACUAGAUGAGAUGAUUGGUGAAAUCGACACUGACGGUUCAGGCACAGUAGAUUUUGAAGAAUUUAUGGAAAUGAUGACCGGAGAUUAGAGACAACACGUGCGACAUCUAGGAAUGAUGAAGAGGCUUACCAUUUCCAGCUACGCAAGGCACCAAACAAGAAACACUGCAACUUAUAAUUGUAUAGGAAUUUUUGCUACAUAUCUGUAAACCUGAAAACGUUUGACUAUAAAUAAAUUUCAACUGUUUUAAAUGUAUAUCAAAUUUAUCGUUAACAGAAAUUGCAUAUUAAUCUUGUUAAUUAGCAACUGGUAUACAUUUGAUCAAAUGAUGCUAAUAAGUAUGGAACAUUCUAGGUCGAUUAGGAACGAAUACAAAAUAAAGGUAACGUAAUGUUAUAUACAA